AUUUUUAUUUUCAUUGGUGGACUGACACAUCUGCAUUGCACAGUUAUGCUUGAUGACAUGUUCCUAGUGUUAACAAUUCUUCGUCUGAUGAUGGUUGCAGAGGCGAAUAAACUCGAUCCAAGUUAUUGCAAUAGACGUUUUAGUUUGGAUUGCAAACUACGACAACUGAAAUGGUUUCACAACCCAAAGCUUGGCCUCUGCCUGCGCAAACUGACUUGUCGAAGCGGAUUUGAGUAUCGAUCCGACUGCGCACGCACUUGCAUUAUGUCUGCCAAAAAGAAGCACACCGAGUCAGCUAAAAUUCUUGAUUUGAUAAACAGAAUGUUGGUUAAAUACAGGGAAAGUGAAUGGAAAAAGAAGCUGAAAACAACGAAAAUGCCGACCUUGCCAACUACAUCAAUGGUUACAUCGUCUACUUUAUUAUCAGUAACCAUUCCAGAAACUACUACUGCUGGUGACGAUGAGCCAGAUCUGGAAACCACCACCCCAUAUCCGGAGGAACUUACUGUAGACGAUUCUUUCGAAGGACAUUCGAACACUACAACACUAACAAAGAGAACAACGCAAAGGAGGACUACAACACGCAGUAGUACCUCUACAAAGAAGAAAGCUGGUAAAAUUAUCUUGGGGACAGUGAAAAUUGGCUUUAUUUCUAAAAUUAUAGGAUGGGGUAAAGGAAAGGGAUAAGCUAUUUAUUUAUUAAAAGUGAUAUCACAUGUUCCCUUUAUGGAUUGCGAACGUA